UGGAACGGGAAGAAAGAGAGAGGAAAAAUCAUUUUCAUUUCGUUUCCCUUUCUCGCUGGGGCUGGCUGGGCUCUUUCCGGUCUCACGCACGCGCACCAGUGGCACCACCCUACCCCUACCCCCACCGUUGCCCCCAGCCGCGCCGGCCGCGCCCUGACCCCCCUACCUGAUGCGUCCACCCCGCCGCCGCUGCCCCGCCGCCGCCUCCGGAUCCGCUCGGCCGCCCCCCGCUCUCAGCCUCCCACGCCCCGGGCCCCGCUGACCGCCCGGGCCCGCGGUCCCCGUCGCCCCCUGCCCCCAUCGUGUCCUCUCCGGUCCCGCGCCGGCGCGGGGUGCGAGGACGGCUAGGGUUUCCGCGACUCCCGCCUCGCGGGCCGCCCGAGGGAGGAUUCGCGCUUGCCCUGCGGCCGCGCGUUCCGCCUAGGGGCUGCUUCGUUGCGUUGGUUCCUUCGUCUUGUUGCGGUCGCGCGAUUCGGAGGAGCUCUCGGGAAGCUUGAUUUGUUGUGGGGAGUUUUCGAGGGAGAGGCGCCGAUCUGCGGCUGCCGUCGCUGCGGCAUUGGGCGGCCUCCCAAGUCCCGGAGAGGCUGAAGCUUCGAUUCGGCUGGUUCCGGGCUCCAAGAAGGCGCCGCCUUUAGCUCGUCCGCGGCCUCAGUGUAAGCAUUUCUCCGCAGGGUUCGCUUCUCUGUUAGUUGAUAUUGGAGGGAACCAUGUCGGAGAAUAUCGAUCUGGUGCUCGAGUUCCUGCGGAAGAACCGGUUCGCCAAGGCGGAGGCCGCUCUUCGCGGGGAGCUCACCGGCCAGGGGGAUUCAAACGGCCCGACGACCCAGAGGCGUGUGGCUGAGCCGAAAGAGGACGAGCAGGAGGACUCUGAGGUGGGCUCCAAUGCUGGGCCGAAGGGUGCUGCAUCAGUGAGGAGUGCGGACUCCUCGAGGGAGUUCAUCGUGAAGGAGAUUGAUGUUGGAGCCCUGCCGAAUGGAUCGGACAGAAGGAAGGGCUCAGGGAUCGGCCAGCCUCAGGAGAACAACAUGGGAGAUCUGUAUCCUUGGAACUUUACCAUUGCUAACAGCACCGCGGAACAGUUGGCUGAGCUUCUUGUGUCGGAGGAGUUGCCAAGACAUCGCCGAGGUGUGUUGCUGGCAGAGAAGAGGGAUCGAGGUGCUGGGACCGAGCAGCCUGGUCCAGUGCUGGAGCAGAAAGUUUCUUUUGGAAGAGGGAAGGGAAAAGUUGAUGCUGCAGGGAGAGCUGAAAUCAAUGAACAAGCUCAUUCCAGGGAUAAAAAUCUGGUUCCGGAAAAAGAGGAGAUCUUGAAUGGUUGCACAGUUAAGACAGUGCUUCCGUUCCCUGCAGAAAACCCGUCAUCUAGUUACAAUAGUACGCACCAACAAAAUGAGAGGAAAGAAAUAAAGAAGAGCAUUAAUGCAGAUGGCGUUGGAAAAGCAGCAAAAGGACAACUUGAUGAGGGGAACAGUCAAUAUUACUUUGAAAAGUCCCAUGAUACAGAUCAGGUUGCUGACCGUUGCUUCGAUCUGCAGCUUGUUGGAGAUAACCAGCGUGAGGAGCUUCCAAAGUUACCUCCUGUGAGGCUCAAGUCUGAGGACAAGCUAGUCAAUAUGAACUGGGAGGAAAAGAUCAAUCAUCAUGGUUCUGGAGCCAAGCAACCUAGCGCUGAUCAUGCCUUUAUGAUUGGAUCUUAUCUUGAUGUUCCCAUUGGGCAAGAAAUAACAUCUUCAGGUGGAAGACACACAAUUGGCAGUAGUUGGUUGUCUGUCAGUCAAGGUAUUACAGAGGAUACUUCUUACCUGGUAUCUGGUUUUGCAACAUUUGUUGAUGAUUCGCUUGAAUAUCCAAACGAAUAUUGGGAUUCCGAUGAGUAUGAUAAUGAUGAUGAUGUUGGCUAUACCAGACAACCAAUUGAGGAUGAAACCUGGUUUCUAGCACAUGAAAUUGACUAUCCUAGUGACAACGAGAAGGCAAUUGGCCACACAAGUGGGCCUGAUCGACAUGAUCGCCCUACAAAGGAUGAAGAUGAUGACCAGUCAUUUGUUGAGGAAGAUUCUUACAUAUCUGGUGAGCAAUAUUUUCAUGGAAAGAAUGUUGCACAAAUAGGUACUUCAGAGGGGCCAAUGGUGCAUGGAAUUCCUGAUAAUGAUAUGUUAGCUCAAUAUGAUGGCCAACUUUUGGAUCCUGAAGAUCUUAAUUUGAUGCAUUCUGAACCAGUCUGGCAGGGUUUUGUGUCGCAGAACAGUGAAUUAGGCAUGUUAGGGAAUGGAAAAUUCCUUAAUGAUUCUGAACGACCUCAUCCUGAUGACCCUUUUGUGGAGGAUGAUCAGCAUGGCUCGGUUAGGUCUAUUGGUGUUGGCAUAAACAGUGAUGCUGCUGACAUUGGCAGUGAGGUGCGGGAGAGUCUGAUUGGAGGUAGCAGUGAAGGAGACAUUGAAUACUUCAAUGAGAGUAGCCUGAGUGUUAGUGGAAAAAGGCAUUUCCAGCAGGAAACUGAAAAGAAGAGAGUAGGUGCUAAAGGAGCGAAACAUGACCAAAUCAAUCAUGUUGCUGAUGUCCAGAAGGGCAAUCUACCACCUGGGGCGGCUGAUGUUGGAUUUUCUUUUCCACCGCCAUUGCAUUCUGGGAAAAUUCAUGAUUCUGAUGCUAAACCUUUGUGGUCAAAGAAGGAUGAUAUGUAUUGCAUUAACGAUCCUGAUGACUGUCAAAAUGGCAUGGUGUCAGAUGAUAUGCUUGCCACAUGGAGGAAAAAGAAUAUCGAUUCUUCUCUAAGGAGCUCUAGAGAUGAAAUGACGUCUGAUGUUGUUAGAUCAAGAAAUUCAAGUGCAUCAUAUGAUGAAACAGAGGACACAGCGAAUGCUCGGUAUCACAAACUAGAUGACGCACAAGAAGACACUGGAACCACCUUAGAUGAUGAGGAAGCAGCAGCUUUGCAAGAGCAAGUCAGACAGAUAAAGGUGCAGGAGGAAGAGUUUGAAACUUUCAAUCUGAAGAUUGUGCAUAGAAAAAAUAGAACUGGCUUUGAAGAAGACAAAAACUUCCAUGUUGUUCCCAAUUCUGUCAUUGCCGGUCGUUAUCAUGUCACAGAGUUUUUGGGUUCAGCUGCAUUCAGCAAAGCUAUCCAGGCACAUGAUUUACACACAGGAAUGGAUGUAUGUGUUAAAAUCAUAAAAAACAACAAAGAUUUUUUCGAUCAAAGCCUUGAUGAGAUCAAGCUUCUGAAGUAUGUUAACAAGCAUGAUCCUGCUGACAAGUACCACCUUUUGCGUCUGUACGAUUACUUCUACUAUCGGGAGCAUUUGCUGAUAGUCUGUGAACUUCUGAAGGCAAAUUUGUAUGAGUUUCAAAAGUUCAAUAGGGAAUCAGGGGGCGAGGUUUACUUCACAAUGCCAAGACUGCAGUCAAUAGCUAUUCAGUGUCUGGAUGCGCUGCAGUUUCUUCAUGGUCUUGGUCUAAUUCACUGUGAUUUGAAGCCAGAGAACAUAUUGGUAAAGAGCUACAGCAGAUGUGAAAUAAAAGUAAUUGACCUUGGGAGUAGCUGUUUUGAGACAGAUAAUCUUUGCUCAUAUGUGCAAUCGCGAUCUUACCGUGCGCCUGAGGUUAUACUGGGCUUGCCUUACGACAAAAAGAUAGAUAUAUGGUCACUUGGAUGUAUACUAGCAGAACUUUGCACUGGAAAUGUUCUUUUCCAAAAUGAUUCUCCUGCAACGUUACUUGCACGUGUGAUUGGCAUCAUUGGCUCCAUAGAACAAGCUAUGCUCGCACAAGGACGGGAUACCUACAAAUAUUUCACAAAGAACCACAUGUUGUACGAAAGAAAUCAGGAAAGUAACAGGCUUGAAUACUUGAUUCCAAAAAAGACAUCUUUGCCGUACCGUUUGCCCAUGGCUGAUCAAGGGUUCAUUGAGUUCGUUGCAUACCUUCUUGAGGUAAACCCGAAGAAGCGCCCAAGUGCCUCAGAAGCAUUGAAACAUCCCUGGCUUUCUUUUCCUUACGAGCCAAUAUCUUCAUGAAGCGAUUGCCAAUGAUCAUGGGUGGCUUAACAUUUGUCUUAGCACCUAAGCACCAUGAAAUUUUGAUAGAUCAAGAUGAAAUAUGUUCUACCACGACGGAGCCAUGGCAUCAAUCAGGUCCAAAAGACAAAUCUGGAUCUGGUUUGAUCAUGACUUGGUGCCAACUGGAUGGUCUUCGCACGUGUACUAUCAAUGCACAUGCCCUAUGUUGUAAUAUAACUUCGGUUUUGUCGAUUUCUAGCCCCAAUGUAACAGGCCAUUUUGUUUUAGGUACUUUGAAACACAUUUUUAGGGAUAGGGCUGUCAUGUUGUACAUGCUGUGAUUAUUGUUUAACCCUGUGCCAUGUUGUGCACUUCUAUUAUGGUUCUAACCCAAGUUC